AUGUCCGCCGCCACCGCCGCCUCGCCGGCGUCGGAGGGCAGCGGCCGAGCCGAGUGGCUGCGCGUCUACGACCGGAUGGUGGCCAUCCUCCGCAAGAACCACCGGCACGUUGAGGCGCUGCUCGCCGACCGGUCCCGCCUCGAGGCGCUCCUCAGGGUCCAGCACGACUUCUGGGUCGCCCGCCACGGCCUCCUCCGGGGCCGCAUCAACGAGACGCGGAGGGCGGAGGCGUGCCUGCGGAGGUGCGACGCGGCGAAGCUGGAGCUGCUCCUCGGGGUCAAGUUCCGGAAGCUGCGGCGCUACCAGAUCCACGCCGUUGCUUUGGCUGAAGAAAACGCUAAACUGAAGUUAAAACUGAAGGAAGUUGAAAGUUCUCCUGAGCUUAGUGAGAACACUGGAGAACAUGAGCACAGUGGACGAGAUUGGAGAGCUGAGAUAAGGGAGUUAAAAAUAGCAUACAAGAACCUGAGCUCAGAGAAGGAUAAGGAAGUUUCUGCAUUGGCUGCUCAAAAGGAUUUUGUAUGGCACCAGUACAAGACGAUGGAGAAGGAGUACGGCUCGCUCCUUAAGAAGAAGACAACAGAGGCAGCACAGGCUACUGAAGCAGCACAAAGGCUUCAGCAGAAGGUGGAAGAGCUGCAAGCGGCUGCCCAAAAGAAGGAUGAUGAUAUUGGUAGAUUACAAGCAGAAGCUAAUGGUGCUAAAACGGUGAUACUGGUUCUGGAGGAUAAGCUACAAAAACUGCACUCCUUGGCCAGUGAGAAAGAUGGCGAAAUCCAGAAGGCCAAGGGUGGGCACCUAAUGGCCAGUCAAAAGCGAAAGCAGGAUAUCAGUGGGACGCAUAGAAAAUCUAGGUCCGAAGGUCAUUCUCAACGUGGCAAAUCCAAAAAUAAUGCUCGGAGGAAAAUGGUAGAAGAAGAUCAACCUGAGACCAGUCAGAAGCGUCAGUGUGCGUCUUCCUUAUCAAAUGGUCUGGCCCUCGGACGUUGCUCCUCGAGGAUGCAGCUGAAACCCGCGGGGUCGCCUGCGCUUCAGCAGCUGCAGUUAGACACCACCCGCCGCGACGACGGGGUAAUUUAGGUGAUCAGGUUAAGCUUAUCCUGUGCCCCGCUCCCACUCAAAGCGGUGGCUGUGUCUGUAAUUUAUUCUUGCCCUUUAUUUUGGAAGUAGUCCUUUUGUAACAUAUU